AUGACUGGGGGUCAUGUUAAAGGUAAUUUAGCCACAUUAAAGCCAUUUAUUGAUAAAAGCGGAGAGUGUUUCUUAAUUCGUGUAGAAGGUCGUAUAACAAAUUCUGAUACUCCAGAAACAUUUAAACAUCAAUUGCUGUCACCAAAGGACGAAGCAUUCGUCCGAAAUCUGGUAAUAUACUUUCAUAGAGUUAACUAUCAUGUUGGCUCUCGUGCAUUAGUUGCAACUAUUCAACAACGCUUUUGGAUAAUAAAUUCACCCUUACCAAAGGAAAGGGUUACACCAAGUAGACCUUUCACAAUGACAGGCGUCGAUUUUGCUGGGCCUAUCUUUACAUACUUAAAAAUUCGUGGUAAAGCACUAUAUAAAUCAUACAUUUCGGUUUUCAUUUGUUUUGCUACUAAAGCAGUUCAUUUAGAGGCAGUCACUGAUUUAACCAGUGAUGCUUUCAUUGCCGCGCUAAAGAGAUUUGUGGGACGACGAGGUCUACCAAGGGCAAUACAUUGUGACAAUGCGACAAAUUUUGUGGGUGCUAAAACAAAAUUAAAAGAACUUCGACAUCAGUUUCAUCAAGAUUCCAUGAAGAAUGCAAUUAUAUCUCACUGUGCAAUUUCAGGAAUAGAAUUUUCACUUAUUACUCCUCGCGCCCCACAUUUUGGAAGUCUAUGGGAGGCUACUGUAAAAACUGCUAAAGGCCAUCUAUAUCGCACACUGUUUAACGCUCAUCUCACGUUUAAAUAA